CAGCUGUCCGAGGGGCAGGGUCUGUACGGAUCUGAACAACUCUGCUCGCAUUCGCAAGAACUGCGUCUAAAGAUGGCGGACGAGGAGAGCAGUCCCGGAACAGCCUUUGCAGGCUCCCCCGAAACAGAAGAACCCGCCAAAAAGAGGUCCAAAAUUGGUCCAGCGACUAAUUGUGGAUUAAAAGCUUCCAAAGUGGAUCCAAUCUCAUGUGCCUCUGGGGUGACGGAGAGCUGGGAGAAAGCGGUGAAUUGUACCCAGCCUGUGAAAAAGGAAGCGAAGCCGGUGAUGGCGGUGGAGCAGGCCCCAGGAUCGCUAGGCGGAGACAACAAUGGACUGCGACUGCUGGACUCCAAGCCGCAAAAAGCGGUUGUAAAAGUAAACGCCAGCGCCACACUGUUGGCAACCGAGGAAGGUGCUGGUAAGAAGUGAAAGACAAAGACUUGACAGUAAAUAUUAAAAAGAGCUAACCGUAUUUACCUGACUUUCUUUUAUUACCUGGUUUCCAACUUUUCCCUCAGUAAUUACAGAUGAAACAGGCGGAGACGCACCUUGAUGGCGUUUUAUUUUACUUUAAGUUUUCCCAUCACAAUGCAAAACUAUUACUUCAAAUAAGCAUUCGUUGUUCCUUUUUCUUUAUUUUUCUCUCUGCUAAGAUUUUCUUGGACAUGAGGAUCUUCCAUCAAACGGGUUGGCUGACACUUCGGAGAACAACAACGAAGAGGAUGACAGAUUCUCCCAUGCAAGCUCCAGCGACUGGACUCCUCAACCACAAAUAGGUUUUCUAACUCAUAUGGCAACCUUACCUUCCAAAGUCUUAACCAUCUAAUAUUACACCUUUAGUAGAAAAUAGAUAGUUUUAACUGCAUAAUAACGAAAAAGGGAAUACGUGUUUUGUUCUCUGACCAGGUUCCUACAGUUUCAUCCAGCAACACAUCAGAGAGACAGAUCCCAGGACCAUACUAAGGGAUUUGCUGCCUGAGGCUGUACUCCCACCAGAUCUGGACGACAUGACACUGUGGCAGAUCAUCAUAAACAUCUCGGAUCCUCCAAAAAGAAAGAAGCGGAAGGACAUCAAUACCUUAGAUGAUGUGGUCAGACUACUCCAUGAAAGUAAACGGAUCCUGGUGUUGACUGGGGCAGGGGUAUGCUUCUUCACCCUCAUUAUUUAAUUGUGCAAAGUGAAUUACCAAUCCUCAGAGUGCCGUUGUUAUACAUUUGUUAAUAGUGUUAAAUCAGGGUAACUUUAUGCUUUUUUGGUAGGUGUCAGUUUCAUGUGGAAUACCAGACUUCCGCUCCAGGGAUGGGAUUUAUGCACGACUCGCCGUAGAUUUUCCCGAUCUUCCAGAUCCCCAGGCAAUGUUUGACAUUGAGUACUUCAGACGGGAUCCAAGACCAUUUUUCAAGUUUGCAAAGGUUUGUUUACUGCAUCCUUGUCUAUGUAAAUUGAAUUGAUAACAAAAUACUUCCAAAAUAAAUGAUCAACCAUAAUUAAGGUCCAAGUGUGGGUAUUUUGUGUGAUGAAUCGUUGAACUUUUCAAAAACAGUGUCCCAAAGAUGCUGUCAUUUGUAAGGUGCUCAGAUCAGUUUAGACCAUUUCUCACACAGCAUUCAUGUGUUACUCUCUUCACUCUUGAGCACAACCAUGAGAUUUAUUUCCCACAGAGUCUUGGUUUUUAUACACAAGAGAGAUAUGGGUGAUGUUCACCUGCCUCCAAAGCAAAGCUCUGUACUGCACAACAUCAAAAGUUUUUAGAUGAAAUGUGCAGAUCAGCCAACACAGGGAUGAUAUGCAUGGCUUUGAUAAGCUUUGGGAGAAGUCCACAUGUUCAAUGCACCCUCUUUUUUUUAUAUUUGUUAAAGGAGAUAUACCCUGGCCAGUUCCAGCCAUCACCUUGCCACUUAUUCAUAUCCAUGCUGGAUAAGCAGGGGAAACUGCUGCGCAACUACACACAAAACAUUGAUACACUGGAACAAGUAGCUGGAGUCCAGCGGAUUAUUCAGUGUCAUGGUUUGUAAUAGAGCUGACCCAAUGAUCCUGCUCAGUUUUAUUAUUAACUUCAGUUCAUGGCAAUAAUGAAAACUAAUUUUUAUCUUUUUAUUCCAGGGUCAUUUGCAACGGCAUCCUGUCUUGUCUGUAAACAAAGAGUGGAUUGUGAGGCUAUACGGGAAGACAUCUUUAACCAGGUAUUUAUGGAUUGUAAAUAAUAUGGAGAAAACAUAUUUAUACAUUACUGAGUGCUGUAUCAUCAGAGUGCAAUUUAAGUGAUUGUUUCACAUGGCCCCUGAAGCCUUUAACAUUCACCAGUAACCAUGUCAAUGAAAACAGCAGACAUAAGUUAGUCCAUGCAGUUUGUGGUUCCUGGAUGAGUACAUCAAGCCUGUUUUAAUAGCAGUCCAUAGAUCAGCUGGGCUGUCUACAACAUAAUACAUGUUACUAAGGUUAUGAACACCCCAAGCUUUAUCAUACAAAGACAUAACUGCUCAGGUGUAUUAAACAGCAGUCCCAAUAUAAACUGUGACCCAAACAAUAUAGGCUGUAUUGGGACAAAGGAAAAAGUGCCUAGAAAGUGAAUUUCAUUCCACUUAAGAGGGGCAACAUAAACUGUGAUUCAUAAAAUAGCUCUAUUGAUAAUAAGUACAAAAAAAAAAACAUCUACUCAUGCCAUCCAGUCGAUUUUUAGUAAUCAGUGUUUCGGUGUCAAACUAUUUCCUUUCUGCGGCGCAGUGAUACUUGCACACGCGCAAUCAAAUAUGCAGAGGGAUGAAGCAAUUUUUGUCACGUGGGCCAAUAGGAGCUGAGUCUUGUUGCCAUGGUAUCAGAAAAACACAAACAUGGCGACGAGCGCAUCUAGCAGCGAGACAAGCGAAGAGGAAGAAAAGGAAAGGAAAAAAAAAAGAAAACAGCCUUCAAAAGUGCAUAAAAAAGGAACGAAACGAUGCUUUAUGCAUCUAUCAUCUGUCCAGAGUGAAGACGUUCUCGACUUUACAAGGACACAUUGGGAAACUUACAGAACUAGUAUUAGAAAGUGGCUUUCUCUACAGGGUGAGACAAAAGACCUUGCAGAAACUUAUAAACAUUACGUUGAUAUCGACUUUGACAAUGGUCCUGAUGACGCUGGGUUUCACAUGACAUGCUACCAGCGAUUUAUUUGCAAAAGGCGUUUGAGAAACAAGAACGUAAUGCAGCCGCAGGUCAGUCAAACCCCUUAGCCAGCAUUGCCGAUGCAUCCACGUCCACGGCAUCUGAAACUCCGCGAAAGAAACUUCGCUCGAGGUUUUAGGCUGUAUUGGGACAAAGGAAAAAGUGCCUAGAAAGUGAAUUUCGUUCAAAUACGCUGGUGCUACUUGUUCGAUGCUUUUUUGCAUAGACAAUACCAUUCUGGACUUUGGGUUAAAAUAUCUACUUAGACUAUCUGUCCGACUUUUGUCACCAGCCAGAAAUGUACAUAUAUGUGGGUAACCCAAAAAACAAUUAUAUGGUGCUGCUGUUUUUGCUUGUAGAAACUGCUAUGUUGAUUCUGGCAAGACAAAAUCUUUCUCAGAUGUCAUAAAUACAUCUACCUAACAUCUGAAACAGUUAUUGGUGCCUUAGUAUACGCAUAAAUGAAUUCAGAUUAUGAAAUGUAGCAAAUUUCUUGAAGAAAACGUCUCAACUCAAGUGAUUUGCACCCAGCACAAUGAAAUAUAUACAGUAAAUUUAGCUAAAAGCUUAUGUUUCAUGCAUAAAAAUGACACAACCUACUGUGUAAUAAAAGCAAUAAAAUAUAAACAGCACACCAUGGCCAUAAAUGGCUGAAUGUCAAUCAAAUUUCUACCACGCCCCCCAAAAUUGGAAUAAUGGAAAAAAUGUAACAAGACAAAAAUAAAUGCACAAAAGGUCUGAAUUAAUUCAAAAUAUGGUAUAAAACAUUUAUUCAAGUAUCACAGUGUCAAAACAUCUGACAUUUAUCAAUCCCUCCAGAAUAUAAAAAUAAAGAUCAAAAUGCAGACAAAUGUAGAACAAAUAUAAAAAUAAUAAAAAUCUCAAAUCUCGGUGUAGCAAUCCUUUAAACAAAACAAAUUGUACAUAGUGACAUAGUGCGUAUAUUAUGCAUCACUAUCACUUUCAUCAGAGUGAUACAUACAGCUCUUUCUUCUGUUUCCUUUGAAGCAUUCUCACAUGCUUGGCACCGACAUAAAUCUGUACAAGAUAGUCCUGCAGACAUACAUGAACAUUGUUCAGUCUCACAUUUGGUUUUCUUGCAACUACAGUGGACUAUCUGCAAAACACUAUCAGGGGCAGGAUUUACAGUCAUCCAUGUCAUGGGAUGAUGACUCUGAUGAUGUAGUCAUAAUAUACGCACCAUGUCACCAUGUACAAUUUGUUUUGUUUAAAGGAUUGCUACUCCGAGAUUUGAGAUUUUUAUAUUUGUUCUACGUUUGUCUGCGGUUGUGUUUUGAUUUUUAUUUUCAUAUUCUGGAGGGAUUGAUAAAUGUCAGAUGUUUUGACACUGUGAUACUUGAAUAAAUGUUUUAUACCAUAUUUUGAAUUAAUUCAGACCUUUUGUGCAUUUAUUCUUGUCUUGUUACAUUUUUUCCAUUAUUCCAAUUUUGGGGGGCGUGGUAGAAAUUUGAUUGACAUUCAGCCAUUUAUGGCCAUGGUGUGCUGUUUAUAUUUUAUUGCUUUUAUUACACAGUAGGUUGUGUCAUUUUUAUGCAUGAAACACAAGCUUUUAGCUAAAUUUACUGUAUAUAUUUCAUUGUGCUGGGUGCAAAUCACUUGAGUUGAGACGUUUUCUUCAAGAAAUUUGCUACAUUUCAUAAUCUGAAUUCAUUUAUGCGUAUACUAAGGCACCAAUAACUGUUUCAGAUGUUAGGUAGAUGUAUUUAUGACAUCUGAGAAAGAUUUUGUCUUGCCAGAAUCAACAUAGCAGUUUCUACAUUGGGACGUCAAUGCUGCAGGCUCAGUCUGCUUAACAAAAGCAGCAAAAAAGCAUAUAUGUUUUUGUUUUAAUGGAGUGAGAUAAAACAUGACCAAACUUAAAGGAGAUAUGAUGCAUUUAUUCAGACUCUAUAUUUCCUUUCUGAUACCUCUUAGCUUUACUUUGAUUUUUCCUCCUGUUUCUUACUCUGGUGUAUUAAAAUAUCCUUAAUUCAGCCUCUGUCUUCAUCGCUUUGUUUUAGCUGCUGUCUCUGUAAGGCCACCUUUAAGACCAUUGAGCAUUGUACAUCUAUUUUCUAAGAUUAAGACUGCAUACAUUUAUCUCGUGAUUUGAAACUUUGCAUACAUCAUACAUCUUGGACACCAAACAUUGUAACUUUGCCUUUUUGUUGUUCGUAUUGAAAAGCAUAACACCCCUCUUUAAACUUCUGUCCAAGAAAGAUUGUAAAAAGCUGACUCCCGUACUGACUUUGUUCUUUGUCGGACAUGUGUCCACAACAGAGAAAUGGUUUCAGUACCCGAGGAUAUACCAAUUAAACUUUGUAAAUGAAUGAAUGCAUUAUUAUGCUCUGGUGGUAACAAUCCUGUUAAUGAGUUUCCAAGAUUUCUUGGGCUGCAAAAAGAAAUUCAAAUAUCAGGACUGGCAGAUCCCUGAGGCACAUACCCGUCUGAGUACAACAGUAUGGUACAGCUGCCAUCUGUUGUAGGUGGUGGCUAAUAUAGUUUAUAUUUGACACACUUCUCUUCUGAAUGAAUUUAAAGUGGUAAUGCUCUUCCAUAAGCACAGUUACACUGUAACAUAUGUUUAAUAGCUCAAUAACUCCUUUAAAUAUAUCAAUUAAAUGGUUAUAAAAUGAAUGUCCUGCAGGUAGUCCCUCAUUGUCCACGAUGUCAAGGUAUUCCUCUGGCAAUCAUGAAACCAGACAUCGUCUUCUUUGGAGAGAAUCUUCCAGAAAUGUUCCACAGAGCCAUGAAGCAGGACAAAGAUGAGGUGGACCUGUUGAUUGUCAUCGGCUCUUCACUGAAAGUCCGACCUGUUGCCCUCAUCCCAAGUAUGUUCUGUUUGGAAGACUAGAGUGUUUUCUGUUCAAUCUAUUCAAAGUCAUUAUCUUUGUAUUUGUCUUCAAGUACAUCCAAACGUUCAUGUGUGCUUUAUCCCACCCAGACUCUAUCCCUCAUGAAGUGCCUCAGGUCCUGAUCAAUCGGGAGCAGCUGCCUCACUUUAACUUUGAUGUGGAGUUGCUUGGAGACUGUGACGUCAUUGUCAAUGAAAUCUGUCAUCGGUUGGGUGCAGACUUUGAGCAGAUCUGUUACAAUACUUUAAGACUCUCAGAGAUCACAGAGAAACCCUCUCGCUUACCAAAACAGCUACCCGGUGUGGCCUUGCCUAACAUUGAAGCUCAGGAGGAGCAGAAGCAACAAAGCACAGACUCAGAAACUCAGUCGUCAGGGGAGACAGAGAGCCUGAGUGUCACCGAGGCUGCCAGCAAUAGUGCAACACCUUCAAAGCCUUGUCCAGAUGCUCAGUGUCCAAGUGAAGGAACAGCUGGGUCUGCAGAGUUAUCAGCAGAAGAUGCGCUUAAAGAGCCAGGGACUGAAGUCAAAAGUCAAACCUUCAACGCUGAAAAUUGGCGACGCUGCUGGUUGAGUCAAAUCAACAGGAGUCCAAUCAGCAAACGCCUUGAGGGUAAGCUCAAGACACCAGUAGACAGAACACUGUGUGCUUAAAACAUAAAUGUGUUUGUAUCUUAAAGGGGGGGCUGUUCGAUUAAGACAAAGAGGUUUACUAUCUCAACGAGCAGCUGAGUGCUAAGUCACCCAGAUAAUCAGCUGUUGCUGUAUUCAAAUCAGUUUGUGUAUGUGUUUGGGUGUUAGUUUUCAAUCCUAAUGAUGAAUUAAUGUUUGGAGAGCGACUCUGAAGUUGUCAGUUUUCUUCUGGAAGGUAAGAAGUUUUAUUCCCUCAAACUUUCAUGAGUUUACAGAAACAUGAAGCUGAAUGAUCUUAGUUCGAGCCGCUGCUGUCAGAGAUCCUGCUGAUGUUUCCUCAUAAUGAUCCGAGUCAACUAUGAGGAGAUGACGUACGGACAAUAAUUCAUCAUUUAUGUCUUUACUCUGAAACAGAGACACCACUCACUGUCCUUCAACUGACUACGACACUCAGAGCUGACCAACCAUCAGCCUCAUAAUGAAGCUGUUUUAAAGGAGGAAACCACACGUCUCAGUUUUGUGCUCAGUCUGUUCAGAGUCCUGAUCUUUAUAGCAAUGUGGAGACAAAAAAACAUGAGAGACCCUUGAAUCAGAGAGCUGACUGUUUACCGUGAACCAAAACUACCACUUUAUCAAGACUUUAUUCUCACAACAUGAGGACUUUAUUCUCAGAAUAUUCUAAUUUUGCAACCCCUUUUUCUGUAACAGUAUCUCUCUCUAAACAUGAUGACUUCUGUAGUAAUAGGAUUUUAAUCUCAAAUUUAUAACUCAUUGAUGCCUCAGAUCAGAGUUCAACUAUAUUUAUUUAGAGCAAAUAACUAAAAGCAUCACCACCCCCAUCACUUGAAACAGCUAAGUUUGUCUGAUGUAUAUGAUGCCAUCUCCAACGUGUAAAUGUCUUUGGUCCUCUAGGGCCACCAUUGCCUCAGUAACAGUAGAGAUUGGCAGGAAGCAUUGUACUGCUAGAUAUCCUCCUUCAACACACUGAACCUUUAAAAGACAAGAAAAACCUACGUGAGUAGGUUUUACCUCUUAAUCAAGGUGUAAAACAGAUCAAUCUGUAAAGUGAAGUUAAACUCUCUCCUCCUUUAGUAGUUACUGAAUUGGAGCACGAGGUGCCGUAAAUCUAUUUUCAGCUGCCAUAAAACAUUGUGCUUUGUAACUCUGCAAACUCUUGACAUCUUUCUUAAUCUCCAGGAUGUGACCAGUCAUUCUUUUUCUUCAGAGUAAACUACGUUUACAUACUUGUGUAUGAGUUGCGUAGUCAUUUUAGUGUGUUCACACACAAUGCUGCACUUUAUACAGUCUAUAACAACAGGUAUUGUCAAAGACGAUUUCAGCAAUGCUAACCAUUCGUUUUGUUUUCCACAGCAGGCCAGUACCUGUUCCAAGCACCAAAUCAGUAUAUCUUCCAUGGGGCUGAGGUUUACACUGAUUCUGAGGACGAGAGCUCCAGCUCCUGUGAUAGUGACCUGUCCGAGUGCAGCGCAGAUGGGGUGGAAGAAGACAGCGAGACAGAGGAGGUGGUAAUAGCAGUGGAUGGAGCAACAUGUCUCAGAGAUGCAGUACAGCACUCGAAUGAGCCCACAUCAAGUUUGCAGAAAGACCAUGACUCGUAAAGGACUCAGAGCCCCCCACCCCGUCAGAAGGAAAGAACCCAUAACCCAUUACUAAUUAUAUGUAUAUGUGUGUUUCGUAUAUUUUUGAGGAUACAAUUAUUUUUCAUAAAGUUGCAAUUGAUUGAUAACUUCCUGUGAAUAUGCAGCAAGUUUCUUUAUUGCUCCAUUUGUGUCACAUAAAUCUUAUACUAUAUUCCACUUACUAAAUAGAAUACAAUGGAUUUUUUAUAAAUCUGCUCAUCUUAUGUAGUUUUCACAUUUUAAAUAUAGCUCUCCACAUACAGAAAUAUAUCUUAUUCUAUUUCUUCCAAAAUGGAAUAAAUUCCCUUUUUCCCUCAAAAAUUCUACACAAAAUACCCCAUAAUGACAAAGCAAAAAACUUUUUUGUAGAACAUUUUGCAAAUUUAUUAAAAAUAAGAACACUCAAAUGUUGCACAUACAUAAGUAUUCACACCCUUUACUCAAUACUUGGUCGAAGCACCUUUGGCAGUGAUUACAGCCUCCAGUCUUCUUGUGUAUGAUGCAACAAGCUUGGCACACCUGGAUUUGAGGAGUUUUUCCCCAUUCUUUCUUGCACCUCCUCUCAAGCUCAGUGAGGUUGGAUGGGCAGCGUCGGUGCACAGCUACUUUCAGGUCUUUCCAAAGAUGUUCAAUCGGGUUCAAGUCUGGCUCUGGCUGGGCCACUCAAGGACAUUCAGUGACUUGUCCUGAAGCCACUCCUUUGUCUUCUUGGUCGUGUGCUUAGGGUCAUUGUCAUGCUGGAAGAUGAAGCGUCACCCCAGUCGAAGGUCUCGAGCGCUCUGGAACAGGUUUUCAUCAAGGAUUUCGAUGUACUUAGCUGCAUCCUUUUUUUCCUCGAUCCUGACAAGUCUCCCAGUUCCUGCCGCUGAAAAACAUCCCCACAGCAUGAUGCUGCCACCACCAUGCUUCACUGUAGGGAUGGUGUUGACGAGGUGGUGUGCGGUGCCUGGUUUCCUCCAGACAUGAUGCUUGGCAUUCAGGCCAAAGAGUUCGAUCUUCGUUUCAUCAGACCAGAGAAUUUUGUUUCUCCUGGUCUGUGAGUCCUUCAGGUGCCUUCUAGCAAAGUCCAAGCAGGCUGUCGUACUUUUUACUGAGGAGUGGCUUCUGUCUGGCCACUCUACCAUAAAUGCCUGACUGGUGGAGUGCUGCAGAGAUGGUGGUCCUUCUGUAGGGUUCUCCCAUCUCCUCUGAAGAACGCUGGAGCUCUGUCAGAGUGACCAUCGGGUUCUUGGUCACCUCCCUGACCAAGGCCCUUCUCCCUCGCUUGCUCAUUUUGGCUGGGCAGCCAGCUCUAGGAAGAGUCCUGGUGGUUCCAAACGUCUUCCAUUUCUUAAUGAUGGAGACCACUGUGCUUUUUGGGAUCUUCAAUGCAGCAGAUAUUUUUCUGUAACCUUCCCCAGAUCUGUGCGCCGAUACAACCCUGUUUCAGAGGUCUACAGACAAUUCUUUCGACGCCAUGGCUUGGUUUGUGCUCUGACGUGCUCUGUCAGCUGUGGGAUCUUAUAUAGACAGGUGUGGCUUUCCAAAUCAUGUCCAAUCAGCUAAAUUUGCCACAGGUGGACUGCAAUCAAGUUGGAGGAACAUUUCAAGGCUGAUCAGUGGAAUCAGGAUGCACCUGAGCUUAAUUUUGAUUUUUAUAGCAAAGGGUGUGAAUACUUAUGUAUAUGCAACAUUUGAGUGUCUUAUUUUUAAUAAAUUUGCAAAAUGUUCUAAAAAAAGUUUUUCGCUUUGUCAUUAUGGGGUAUUUUGUGUAGAAUUUUUGAGGAAAAAAGGAAUUUGAUCCAUUUUGGAAUAAGGCUGUAACAUAAAGUGUGGAAAAAGUACAGUGGUAUGAAUACUUUCCGGAUGCACUGUAGCUUCUCAUUUAAUGUUCACUGGGAGAGUUUAAUCUUGUGACAGUCAACUAUCAAACUGUCAUAGGUGAAAGUAAUAUGAGAGAAGUCUUCUCCUUUUAAAUGAAGAGCAGGCAGCACCAGAGGCUGAUAAUGCAGAGGGGGGUGAAAAAGAAUUAAGUGAGAAAAAAUUAAGUUGUUUAAAAUUUAAACAUGAUUUAAGUGAUCAGGAAAGACCCUGAUAGAUAACUUUUAAUAGAUAAGCAGUGAAACCACAAAGUGUAGAACUGAGGUUUAUUACAGGUAAAUUCUGCAUCCAAUAGUGUUUUGAAAUGAUAGUUGAUUGGUGCUUACAUAUGUGCAGAAAUGUGGUUUCACUGGAAUAUUCACCUGUUAUGCAGGUUGGCACAUGUCAGAAUCAUGUGUUAUUGUAUGUAAACACAGGAGUGUGUAUAUCACAAGAGUUACAGUUGGUAAAAACAGAGUCAAUAACAGUCAUUUAAACUUAAGCAAGACUCAUCUCACAAAUAGUUACUGAUUUGAAUCCACAAAGUAGUAUGAAACACCAGAUGUAGUGAAAACGGCGUUAUCUCAAUGAGUUGUUGAGAAGCAGAGGUAUAUAAGAGCAACAAUUCAAAUACUAAUGUUCCUCAAAAUGGACUGUUUUAAAGCUCCUGUGGGGAGUUUUUUGACUUUUAUGAAACAGACUUUGAUUCAGUGUAAGCUGGAAAGCUGAAGGAACAGCCCUGUUCGUUCAGCUUCAUUCACCCAAUCUUAUUUAAGGUCCUGUCAAAAAGUGCUCAAGGGCUCAGGGUUCAGGAAGUGGGGAGUCCUUUCGAAUAGUUCUUCUUGGUACCCAGAAGUCUUUGAGUGUCAGCCAUGAUAAGACCUGUUCCAAUCCUCCAACAUGAUAAGGAGGAAAAUGACCCAUAAUUCUUUGUGCCAACGAUAUUUUAGGCAUACCCCUCUCCAUUGGCAUGUCAGCAAAUAAUCAGCAUGCCUACAGCUUAUCUGAAGCCUAAUUUACUGCAUUAAACAACAAAACGACAUUGUAAACUGGAUCAACAUUUUGACUUCAUCGUUGGUUUCCCAUAGUAGUUCUUGUUUAAUUACAACAUUUAAUCAGUCAGCUUUAAUAUGAUCAAAAUUAGAAUUAAAGUUGAACCAAUGCACAGAUGAAAAGUGUCUGUUCAGGGACAUUAAUGACUGAAUAAAUUGUUUUUCCACUGGGAUUUAGAUAAAUAAA